AUGGCGGAUCGGUUUUAUCCGAAUCUAAUGCCUCAUUUUGUAGCAGAAGAUCCAAACAUUGAAGAGGGAGAAAUUCAACGCCCCAUUUCGCAAGGCACCAAUGAGUCUCUGUUGAAGCUUCUGGCUACACCGUUCCACUCUCUUGCCGAGAAGCUCAAACGGGCCGCUCUUGACCUGAAAGAAACUAUAGUGGUGGAGACAUGGGGUGCCACAAGGCAACAAGUAUCAGAUUCUACACUCUACACUGGGGCACUUGGGACUGCCCUUUUGCUCUUUAAGUCCUACCAAGUCACCAAGAAUACAAAUGACCUAAAUCUCUGCUCCCAGAUAGUAAAAUCUUGUGACUCUGCUACUCUAAGCUCCAGGGAUGUUACCUUUAUAUGUGGGAGAAGUGGUGUAUGUGCACUUGGUGCUGUGGUUGCAAAGUACAUGGGCAAUGAUCAGUUGGUUAACUACUAUUUAAGCCAGUUUCAAGAGAUUAAGAUUACUAAAGAUGUCCCGGAUGAGUUACUGUAUGGUAGAGUUGGCUUCUUAUGGGCUUGCUUAUUCAUCAACAAGCACCUCGGCAAAGGAACAAUCCCUUCCACCUUAGCGGGUGCUGUGGUUGCCAAGGUUAUUGAGAAUGGGAAGAGAUUGGGAGGAAGAGGAAAAAGUCCUCUAAUGUAUGAAUGGUAUGGAGAGAUGUACUGGGGUUCCGCCCAUGGAAUAGCGGGGAUCAUGCACUUGCUGAUGGAUUUCGAACUUAAGCAGGAUGAGGUGGAACUCGUAAAGGGAACUUUAAAGUACAUGAUAGAGAACAAGUUCCCGAGUGGUAAUUACCCUGCAAGCGAAGAAGAUAAGAGAGAUGUUCUUGUGCACUGGUGUCACGGGGCUCCAGGAAUUUCCCUUACACUAGUCAAGGCAGCAGAGGUUUUUGGAGAAAACGAGUUUCUUAAAGCUGCAGUAGAUGCUGCAGAUGUAGUAUGGAACCGUGGCCUUCUGAAACGCGUUGGGAUUUGCCAUGGCAUCAGUGGAAAUGCCUACACUUUCCUUUCUCUAUAUCGGCUGACAGGAAAUGCAGAGUAUUUAUAUAGAGCCAAAGCCUUUGCGUGCUUUCUACUUGAUAGAGCUCACAAACUCAUAUCAACCGGAGACAUGCACAGAGGCGAUAGACCGUAUUCACUGUUUGAAGGUGUUGGGGGUAUGUCAUAUCUUUUUCUGGACUUGGUAGAUCCCAACAAUGCUAGAUUUCCAGCUUAUGAACUCUGA